AUGGAAACUUUUGAGGCAACCCUAUCCAGUGCGACAAGGAGGGGCUCCAACAAUGUUCCUGGAGCGGUAACCGCAGUUGUAGACAAGAAUGGCAACUACGUCUACAAGAAGGUUGCAGGCUUCAACGGCGUCGUCGAGGAUGCGGUAGAAUUGGACUUCGACCAGACGUUCUUUCUAGCUUCAUGCACAAAACUCAUAGGUGCUAUCGCUGCCCUCCAAUGCGUCGAGCGCGGACUCAUUGGCCUCGACGACCCUCUGGACCAGCACCUACCGGAACUGAAUUCUCAGCCCAUUGUCAAACAGAAAGGCGACGCGGCGUUUGUGUUCGAAAAGCCUACAAAACCACUCACGCUCCGACAUUUGAUAACGCAUUCUAGCGGCGCCGCAUACGACGUGAUGGAUCCCACCCUCAUCGCCUGGCGUCGAUCUCGCGGGGAGAACCCGAAGUUCUCUACAAGCGGUUUUGUCGCCAAGAACUACGCCUACCCUCGCACCUUCGAGGCAGGAGAGGGUUGGAUGUAUGGCGCGGGCCUCGAUUGGGCCAGCUUGCUCGUCGUGAGGCUCACCAACCAAGGUUCUAUAAGGGGUUUCGAAGACUACGUGGAAGAGAACAUAGCGAAGCUCUUGGGCAUCACUUCUUUCACUUGGCACCUGUCCCGCAAGCCACAUGUGUCGGAGAAGCUGAUGCGGGCUAGCAAAAGGAGGGACGAUGGAUCACUUACCGAUGGACCGAAUCCCAUGUUCCGGGAGCCCGCCGAUGAGUCCGCUGGAGCUGGACUGUACUCCAACGUGCACGACUAUACGCGCGUUCUCGCAGACCUGCUCAAGGAUUCUCCGGUGCUCCUUCGGAAGGAAACUAUCGAGCAGAUGUUCACGCCCCAGUUCGCCGACGGCAGUAAUGCACUGAAGGCGCUCGAGGCAAAGGGAGAGCGUACAUGGGGACCUAUAAUGGGCCGCAGCACCGAGGGCGUGGUCGGUAAUAUGGGACUGGGCGGCUUCCUGGUGAUGGAGGAUUGUAAACGCGAGAAUUACUUCAAGCCGAAGGGAACGCUUACGUGGAGUGGCAUGCCGAAUCUGCUUUGGAGUGUGAAUAGGGAGCGGGGACUGGCGCUGAUGUUUGCUACGCAGGUUGUUCCGUGGAACGACGAGAAGAGUCAGGCAUUGGGCGCAGCAUUUGAGACGGCGGUGUGGACGAAUCUGUCGAAGUAG